AUGCUUUUCAAUCGUUUUUGGUUUCUAACAGCAAUUGUGCUGUUAUUUAAAAAUGUAAUCUGUGAAGAUUUCGUACCUCCAAUUUCAUGGGAAAAUAAAGAAUUUAAAAAGACUAUUGAAUUAGAAACUUCUUUCACCGUUGAAAAUUUAGAAUUAACUAUUAUUAAUAUAGAUUCCCAACCUGUUACUCAAUAUUUCUUACCAAUUCCUUCUGAUAUAGUACCAAUGAUUUCAAUGUUUACCGCUGCUUAUAUAUCUGAAGAAUCCUUUAUUCAAUGUAUGAUUGUUCCAGGUGUUCAUCAACUAGCAGACGGAACAGAAGUUAGUUAUGGUGUUAUUCAAUUUGAAUCUCCUGUUGCUCCAGGUGAAGAAAUUGCUUUAUUUGCUAAGAUUCAUUAUGCUUUAAAUGGUACUCCAUCUCCUGAAGAAAUUGGUAUGGAUGAUACUCAAUCUUUAAUGUUAACAGUUAACAGAUAUCCAUUAUCUCCUUAUGUUUCAAAGACUGCUACUAUUGAUAUUGCAGGUGCAGAAGAUUUUAUUGAAUUAACUCCAGCUGAUAACGAUAAUGAAUCAGGUAUUCUCUUAACUAAUCAAUUUAAAUAUGGUCCAUUCCAUAACGUUCCAGCUUUUCAAGUUUCUUGGGCCAAUAUUAGUUAUCCAGUAGAUUAUCCAUUAAUCACCGUGACUGAUUUAAAGAGAGAUAUUUGGAUCUCUCAUUGGGCUCAUACUGCUGAAUUUCAAGAAUAUUAUGAAAUUAUUAAUGAAGGUGCUAAAUUAAAGAAUGGUUUCAAUAGAGUCGAUUUCAUGAAAAGAGUUCAAAGAACUGAAGGUAAAGGUGGUAAUUUCAUUGGUGUCCUUGGUUUAUCAAUGACUGAAAAUAGUACUGAUGCUUAUGUUACUGAUAAAGUUGGUAAAGUUUCUUCGGUUAUGCGUGAAGAAAAUAAAUUAUUAGUUAAACCAAGAUUCCCUGUCUUUGGUGGUUGGGCUUAUAAUUUCACAGUUGGUUGGACUAACACUUUAGAAGAUUUCUUACAUAAUUCUGGUACUGAACAGGAUUCCUUCGUUAUUGCUUUACCUGUAUUAAAUGGUCCUCCUGAUACUAUUUACAGAAACGUCGAAGUUUCCGUUAUUCUACCAGAAGGUGCUGACGUCUUAGAUGUUGGUUCUCCAUUACCUUUCGCUAACGCUACUGUCUCUCGUGAAUAUUCUUACUUUGACUUAGCUGAUGGUCAUGCUAAAUUGACUUUCUAUUACAGUAAUUUAAUCUCUGAAUUUGGUACUGGUGAAUUAGUCGUCAAAUAUAGAUUCAACACUUCCUCUUUAUACCAAAAGGCUUUGUAUAUUUCUUACUACGUCUUUGGUGGUUUGAUGACUUUCUUCGUCCUAGCUAACUUAAACUUAAACAUCAAAUAA